ACGCAGCUGUCUCCCGACGUGUACGUUACGUAUUAGCGCCGUGGCGCUGUAAAUAAGCGGUGAAAUUCUGUAACUCUGCAAGAUUGUGCGAAACUCUGCAAAAACGUAUUUUAACAACGAUUUACCGCCUUGCUAAACAAACGAGCUGCCCACACACACACACAUAUACACAGAUAGAUAAAGAUGCCUUAUCAGCCAGCGGGCAAUAGCAGCGGCAGCGGCAGCGGCAGCAAAGCGGCAGCCAAAAUGGCCCAGCUAAAAUUCUGGAACAAGCAGAACAGCAACAAGCAGCAGGAGAAGCAGCUGCAGCUGCAACAGGACGCCGCCGACGGCAGCGAUUGCCACGUUAACAACGGCAACGGCAGCGGCGGCAACAACGGCGCCAGCAACGGUGCCGCAAGCAGCGGCGGCGGCAGCUCCAAAGGCGACUCCAAGAGCGGCAAACGCAACUGGCUGCACACGCCGGAGCAGCUCAUCAAUGGACACGCGGUCUAUCUAGUCAAGUUCUUUGGUAACCUGAGCGUGGACCAGCCGAAGGGCAUUGAGGUUGUAAAGGACGCAAUACGCAAACUGCAAUUCGCACAGCAAAUGAAGAAGGCGGAGACGGGCACACAGGAGAAGUUCAAGAAGCUCGAGAUUACAAUAAGCAUCAAGGGCGUGGCCAUACAGGAGCCGCGCACACACAAAAUACUGCAUCAGUUUCCGCUAUACAAUAUCUCGUAUUGUGCGGACGAGAAGGGCGUCAAGAAGUUCUUCAGCUUCAUUGCGAAGACGGUGAAGACCAAGGACAUGGACACAAAUGGAUACAGCUCGAAGCCGGAGGAGACGCACGAGUGCUUUGUGUUCAUAUCAAAUAAACUCGCCUCGGACAUAACGCUGACCAUUGGCCAGGCCUUCGACUUGGCCUACAGAAAGUUCAUGGACAGCACGGAGAAGACGAAUCUGAGCAAGGCGCAGCAGCAAAUCGAGCAUCUGCAGCAGACCAUUGCCAUCUACAAGGAACGCCUGCGCGAAUUGUCCGCCAAAUUGCCAAAGGCCGAGCUGGACGCGAUGCUCUACAAGCUGAACAUCAAGGACAUUGUCGAGGCGCCCAGCCAGGAGCUGCACAACGGCAACGAGACACUGAGCAACGGCAAGCUGGAUGAGGACAAGCUGCUGAUUGACACCAAUUCGACGACGGCCUCGACGCACUCGGCGUCGCCCAACUCGUUCUUGCCGAUUGUGCCGCCGCGCAGCAAUCUGUCCAGCCAGAUGAGCAGCAGCAGCAGCUGCGGCGGCGGCGGCAAGAAAAUGGAUGAGCUUCUCUUGAAUUCGGAUUCGGAUUCAGAUUUUGAUCCGCGCGCCGAUGAGAUUCAGGACAAUCUCAGCAAUGGACGCAAUGCCAUCAGCAAUGAUCUGUUUGGCUUCGAGCCGGCCAAGAGCUUCGGUCAGCAGCUCUUCUUCAACAACAACGAUCACAAGCUGCACAACAAUAACAACAACAACAAUAACAAUAACAACAGCCUGAGCAACAAUAACAACAACAUGAGCAUCAACAGCAGCGGCUUCUCCAGCGAGCUUAACAUAACGCCGCCCCUAUUGGCACCGCCGCCAAAGAUUGCCGCACCACGGCGCAGCACCUCGGUGUCCAACAGCGGCAACAAUGGAAUCAACGGCAACACCGAUCUGUUUGGCUCCGAUCCCUUUGAAAUGAACAACGGGCCCAGCGUGUUCAAGAGUCAGCUAAACAUUGAUGACUUCUCGCUGGAGAGCCUGGAUCCGUUGCGCAAGUGAAACGGAGGACGGAGGAGGAGGAGGAGGAGGAGGAGGGAAACGGUGCUAACUACGCCAUUUGCCACACGUUUCUUCUGAAUGCGGUUGAUCGAUCGAUAAAGUCGUGUUACUAUAUAUGUAUAUCGAGAGAGAGAGUUUACAGUUUUGUAGCUAUAUAGCCUAUUUUCCGAUAUUUGCCUGCUGCUAGCGUUCGUUAAAUUUUGAAUUUGAAUUAUAAAUCUUGUAUGUGUAUGUGUAUUAUUGUUUAUAUAAUUUUAUAUUGCAUAUUAUGUAUGAUUAUUAUAUAUAUUAUAUAUUAUAUAUUAUCUUUAUAUUAUACUAUUAUAUCGAAUCCAAUGCACUUUGUUUAAACGAAUCAAUUGUUGCUGUAGUUAAAUAGUUUAAAUGAAUGUCAAAUGUCGAGCAAAAUGUCAAAGUUAACAACAAAAUAAACAAACAAAAAAAAAACAAGUUAACGUCAGAAACGUCGUGAUAAUGUGCAAACGCUAAAAACCUAAA